ACGUCUCAUAUGUUAUCUUCGAACCGGUUUUUCGCUGACGCAACAUAUCACGUAUAUUUUUGUACAACGUGUUGCGAUAACUGAUACAGUUAUCAACUACUUAGCGGUUGUGCAAAUCUGAUAGUGAAGUGUGAAAAUUUACUGGACUGUUACUUAUUAGAUCGCCGUCAGUUCACUGACUAGAGACGUUUUUGGUAUAAGCAGCAUGAUGGCUUUACCGAUUUUACCGCGAGUUCUGGUGACUAGCAAUGAAAUGCCGACACCUGGCAUCGAUUUGCUUCGAACAAAAUGUGACGUUACUAUUCUUCCAAAUGUUAUAAGCACCGAAGAACAAGUAUUGAAAGCUCUUCCUGGACACGAUGCUUUGCUUAUGGCCAAUCAUGUUAAUGUCAAUAGCGAGUUUCUCGAUCUUGCUGGUUCCAACUUGAAAGUUAUAUCGACAAUGUCGGCCGGAUACGAUCACCUGGAUGUUCCGGAAAUUAAAAGGAGAGGAAUCAAGGUCGGACAUACGCCGAAGGUAUUGUCCGCUGCAGUUGCCGAAAUUGCCGUGCUUUUAUUGUUAUCUGCAACAAGACGUAGCCAUGAAAGUCGCACUAAGCUGGAACAAGGUAAGAUAGGAUUGGGACCGCAGUGGAUGUUGGGACGAGACAUACGAAAUUCUACAGUUGGCAUUUUCGGUUUGGGAAAUAUCGGUCAAGAGAUUGUGAAGCGAUUAAAAGGAUUCGAAGUGGGGCGCUUUAUCUAUACUGGACAUUCGCGUAAAAAAGCAGGUGAUGAGCUUGGAGCGAAAUUUGUCUCUUUAGACGAACUCUUGGAGCAAAGCGAUUUCCUUAUCAUUGCUGCUCCUCUGAACAACGAAACCAGAGGGCUUUUUAAUGAUAGUGCAUUUGACAAAAUGAAAACAACGGCCGUCCUUGUCAACAUAGCUCGCGGUCAAAUUGUCAAUACCGAGUCACUUGUGAAAGCUCUUCGCAAUAAAAAGAUAUUUGCUGCUGGUUUGGACGUCACAGACCCAGAACCGCUGCCACCAGAUCACGAACUUCUAAAAUUACCCAAUGUCGAAAUAAUGCCUCAUUUGGGUAGUGCAACAAUAAAGACUCGCAACGACAUGUCGAUAAUAGCAGCACAGAAUGUUCUUAAUGGUCUUGAAGGCAAGCCUUUGGUUUAUCCAUUGUAAAACAUUUUUCUCUGUUUUUUUCUUUCUGACUUGUGUGUGCAUUUAACGCAGAAUUAUUCUCUUAUAUAUAUGUAUAUUAUACAUUUGAAAAUAAUUAUUAAGGACAAAUAUCUAUAUAUCAAUAUGUAAUUUAAAAGGUUAUUUUUCUUAUUUCAUAUUCUUUUUCAAAAGUACCACAAUUAGUGAAUUUUAAUUUCUAAUUUCAUUAUUUAUAUUUUAUAUCACAUCAUAUAGGAAGAUAUAUACCUAUAUAUAUAUA